AUGGAAAGACUCUCCCUCCCAGUCCCCACCAAAGAAGAAGACGACCGACUACUCCUCACUCUUUCUCUCGCAGCACCACCGCCUCCACCGCCGCCGCCACCACCACCACCGCGUCGCCGCCCCGGCCGACCUCCGCAUCGAGCCGCAGUACGACCACCAGAAGACGAAUACAUACCAGCGCCGUACCCCUGGGCGGCCCCGCGGAGAGCCGCCGUGCACAGCCUGCCCCAUCUCCUGUCCGCUGGCAUAAAGACCGUCGCCGGCGAGGUGCAGUGCAAGCAAUGCAACAAGAAAUACGAAAUUGAGUACGAUUUGCAGGUGAAGUUGGCGGAGGUGGAGUCUUUCAUAUACAAGAACAAGUCGACCAUGCACCACCGGGCUCCGGCGGUGUGGAUGAGCCCGGUGCUUCCGGACUGCCGGUUCUGCGAGCAGAAGAACUCGGCGAAGCCGGUGAUUCCAGAGAAGAAGAAGGACAUAAACUGGCUGUUCUUGCUGCUAGGGCAAAUGCUGGGGUGCUGCACUCUGGAGCAUCUCAAGUAUUUUUGCAUGCACACAAAGAAUCACCGGACCGGCGCCAAGGAUCGGGUUCUUUAUUUGACUUAUCUUGGACUGUGCAAGCAGCUUGAUCCCCAGGGGCCUUUUGAUCCUUGA